AGAGCAUCACUAAACCAGAAUCGGCUUUAAAGGCUGACAGCAGACCUGGGAAAAGUAGAAGAAGUCCUUUGCAGACCCUAUACAAAGGAGACCAGAAACGGUGUAACGAAAAAGCAAACGAAAAAGCUAAGUGAUAUUUAUAACAGAAAGUAUUUGAUUCUCUCACAUGCUUUAGCAAUGUAUUAGUGUUUUAACAAUUAUACAUCCUUCAUGUAGAGCAAAAAUGUCCAGCACAUGCAGACAACCGGCUCUUGGUUCUCCUAAAUGCCAGAACAAAACAAAAAGUAUUUUGUGGCUGAAAUUCCAGCUGGAACUGCUGCUGCUUCGAAACACAAUUGUUCUUAGCAUUUUGUUUGCAGUUGAAGUGAUUCUUAGAUAUAUUUGCAAAGAAUUUUGCAAUAUCUUUUCCUCAUGAAGCUUCCAAAAUCUGCAUAUGGAAGAAAAGAAAUAGCAAGCAUAUUGGACAAAAUUAAAUCUUGAAAAACAAAAAAUUGAAUUAGUAACGGGAAAUACUGUUCUGUCUUUCACAAAUAAAAAUGGUAACGGCAGAAAAGUGUUAAACGAUGAGGCCUUGAUGUCCGUGGCAUUGCUUCUGUUUAAAAGAUGUUUAUGUGUUUGGUCCUCCUCUCACUCGACCUGCUUCGUCCUCAUCAGAAGCAGCUGAAGCUGUCGGCAGCUCAGAAGUCCCUCCAAGGCCGCAAGGAGUUGUUGGAGCAGGCAUGUCUGAACCACACGAAGAAGCGCCGGGUGCUUUCGCCAGAGGAUCUCAAACACCUCAUUGUGGACGACAAACAUGGUCUAAUUUACUGCUACGUACCCAAGGUAGCCUGCACCAACUGGAAGCGUGUGCUGAUGGUCCUCUCCAGCAAUGGCCGUUACUCUGACCCCCUCGCCAUCCCUGCUAACGAGGCCCAUGUGGCGGGUAACCUCCGCACGCUCUCUGACUUCUCCGUGACGGAGAUAAACCAGCGCCUCCGCAGCUACCUCAAGUUCAUCUUUGUGCGAGAGCCCUUUGAGCGCCUCGUUUCAGCCUACCGCAACAAGUUCACACGUAGCUACAACACCGCCUUCCACAAGCGCUACGGAACCAAGAUCAUCCGCCGGCACCGGGCCAACCCUCAACCGGAAGCCCUGGAGAAAGGAAACGACGUCUCCUUCCGAGAGUUCAUCCAGUAUCUGGUGGACCCCCGGACACAGCGGGAGGAGCCUUUCAACGAGCACUGGGAGCGGGUGCACUCCCUCUGCCACCCCUGUCUGAUCCACUACGAUGUGGUGGGGAAGUACGAAACUCUGGAGCCCGACGCUCACGCUGUGCUAAGGCAAGCGGGGGUGGAGGGCAAAGUUCAGUUCCCGACUUCUAGCAAGAGCACCAGGACCGAUGGCAACAUGGCAGCGCACUUCUUUAAGCACAUCAGCCCUUUUUAUCAGAAGAAACUGUUCAAUCUCUACCGCAUGGACUUCUUACUCUUUAACUACACCACACCGGAGUAUCUGAAAACUCGAUGACAAACAGAGAUGAGAGGAUCCAACGUUCCAUUCACACUUUAGAGUGAUGAGUAGUUUGCACGUUCUGGUUUCUGUUGAAACGACUGAUUCCUACAGAGCCCCGAAAGGGACAUAGAAAAAAUAAAGAAACAUUCUUGUGUGCGCAAGAUACUUUAUCUUUAUUUCGUCUAUGUCCCUUUAGGGGCUCCGUAGAUUCCUACCUGUUAGAGGAAACAAACUUCAAUUUCUCAGACAGACAGUUUCCAGACUGAUGUAGGUGAAUCACGAAUUCCUACAAAGAGGUCGUUUUAUUUGACUCCAAUUGCAGCAUCGGCAGUCGAAGGGAUGAGCCGGUGAAAACACCUCACCAGCGUUCAUGCUGUGCCCACUACAGUGAUAAUCCUCUUGUAGCUUUCCUGUUAUAGGAGAAUUAAUGAGCCAUAAAUGAAAGCCGGUGUUUUCCAGAGGAGCCGGUUCUCCUCUUUAGCUGGCGAUUGUGCUGACUGUGAAGUUUUCCUCGGAUUGUUUCCGAGCCGUUACAGAAAGCCUUAAUUUAUGUACGUAUGUCAGCGCAGAGUAUUUAUUGUCGUGUGAAGCGAGGUGUGAAAAUAAUUUAAAUGAAAGGACAAGAGGUUUUUUUUUUUUUCUUUUUUACUAAAUGUUAGAGAUCAGAUUAAGAAAAUGUUUUGGGCAUCUGGUACUCUUCUUCAGUUCAGUGAAACUCUCUUCUCAGCAUCUUUCCUUGCCCGUAUUUAGCUCUGGGACUCUGGGGCUGAACAAACAAGCGCAUAGCUGUGGUCACGGCAGGGUCCGGCCCAGCGCUCCCCCGGUCAGAGCCGCCCUUGUUAGAGGCAGCAUCGGCAGUCGAAGGGUUAAAUGCACCUUCAGCCCUCUGCACUGCAGCGCCUUGUUUCAGCAAAAACGCCUUGGAAUUUCUGGAGGAAUAAUUUGGAACUUACUAUAGGAAAACGGCUCUUAAUGGGCUUUACUGUCUUCUGCACCCAAAAGAGGAAACUUUGACACACUUUGUGGCUUUUUCUGGGUCUGUAGUUUGGAUUUUACUGCACAUUAAAAAAGAAAAGAGUCCAAGUGUUUAACAAGUACAGUCAUCUGUCAUUGAGUUGCAUUGUGGGUAGUGUAGGCCCAAAGAAUCUGGAGAUUUAUGUUCUUUCUUACUUUAGCUGCUGAACCUGAACUUUAACUUUAAGAAAAGUGUUAUUUUUGUAUAAUUUGUUUAGAAAAACAAUUAAAGAUCUGAAAGGUCGACUGUGUAGGAUGAUGCGUUGUCUGUCCACCAGUGCAGGAAGUUAAAAAUACUUCAGUUUUUCUGAGAUCAGUGUUGUUUUAUUGCUGCUUUUAGAACCAGUUCCUGACAGAGAACCAUCUUGAUGCAUCACCCCUUAAAUCUAAAUUUGUUUUUUUUUUCUUAUGUUUCUGCAAUAACAUAAGUAGUUCUAUUUAAGAAAUAUUUGCAAAUUUAUUCCAAAAUCUAAAUGUAAAAGAAUUUUUUUUUUCCUUUGAAUCACAUAAAUAGCUUGAUUUUUGUUAUUUGCCAGAUCGAUCGCGGUCUGACUUCAGUAAGGCUGGCAGCAAUGUAGUAGAAGAAAUACUGACACCUGCAGGUGAGAGUUAGCAUCACUUAAGCUCAAUGUUUAUGACCAUUUUUAUAAAAAAAAAAAAAGAAAAAUGCAAGAAACUUGCAAUUAUGCAUUUGUAAUAGCAGUAUUAAUUAACAAUCAAUACAAUUAGUAAGUACUGCACCAAAGAAAUAAAUGUUCCCAUGGAACAAAAACAUAAUAGAGAUUUUAAAGAAUAUAUAUUUUAACGGGAAACUUUUUUUUUUUUUUGUAAUUCACUCUUAACAGAGAAAACUCUGCCUCUUCAUUUGAAAAUAUGAACAUUAGAUAAAAGAGCCUGAAAUUAAAAAGUCCAUGAAAUACAUAAAGUAGCUUUAUAAAAUAAAACAUCACAAAAAAAAAAAAACUUUGAUGAAUAAGUAAAUCUCAAAGUUCAUAAAUCUUGAAAUAAAUACACACAAAAUAAAAUAAGCUACCUAUUUAAAAAAAACGAAUGAUGAUAUUUAGCUGAUAGAAUAUCUAUUAAUUAUCUAAUAACAGUAUUUAUUUAAUUUUGAAUGAAACAAAUCUCCACAAAUUAAAUAAUUUGUAUUAAAAACGUCAGUGACUAUAGCAUGGUAGCGAUCCAAUCAACACUCAGCCUACAUCCCAUAAUGUUAACCACGUAGACACUGACAGUACUUAAGUUAAACCCAGCAAAUAAAAAGUGUCACUCAGAUUCAGACUCAUCUGAACGUUUAAAUGUCUUCUGGUUGUUUUUAUAUUCUAUUAAAAUGUUCUGUGAUGCA